AUGGCACGAUACGCCCAAUAUGAUAUCUACCAACAAUCCUCAUCUACACUUGACGUGAACCCGGCGGAGGAAGACGAGAUGAGCGUGCUGGAUGACAAGAUUUUGGACUCAACCUCUCCGAGUCUCUCCGAUCCUCGGCGCACUUCCUAUGACUCUCAAGACGCCGCCUACUCACAUCGCAACUCCGUCUGGUCCAACUACUCACACACCGGUUCCGACCAGUCGCGACCUUCUUCUCAUCUGGGCCAUGCCAUUCUCGACGCCGCGGCCCCCCAGUUCAUGUCCGUGGACGGGCCUCAGCCCUAUCCCCAGACCACCGCGGCCACCGGCGCAUCCUGGGCCUUGUCCCGAACAGCAUCCGGCUCCUGCACGCCCACCGCUUACGACCAGUAUCCGUCGGAAGUCGAGACCAGCGCAGCGGCCCCGUUCGCAGGCGGUGCGGUCGGCCCCGUGGGCUCCAUUCCUAUGGGGGCCGUCUCAUAUCGGGGUGGUGGGAUGAACUUUGCCGCACCGCCGGGUGGGGUCGCCAUGUCCCCGCAGUCCAGUCAGGGCUGGAUGCCCGCCCCCAUGGAUCUUGCCGAUGCCGCAGCACAAGCCAAAACCGCCUAUCGCAACGGGUCACCCUUAACGUUGCGUCGCGAUGGAAUUCGCAAGAAGAAUGCCCGGUUUGAGAUUCCCGCCGAGCGCACUUUGAGUAAUAUCGACCACCUGAUUAGUCAGUCCUCCAACGAUGAGGAAAUCAAGGAGCUCAAACAACAAAAACGACUGCUGCGAAAUCGGCAGGCAGCACUGGACUCCCGUCAGCGGAAAAAACUCCAUACGGAGAAACUGGAAGAGGAGAAAAAGCAUUUUACUCACGUCAUCGGGCAACUGGAAGAGGAGAAAAAGCAUUUUACUCACGUCAUCGGGCAACUUGAAGAGAUGGUCGCCAGUCUGCAGAAAGAGAAGAACGAGUGGAUCGCCCAGCAGCAGCAGAUCACCCAGUACCUCGAGGGCAUGCAUCUGGAGAAAGACGAGAUGAUCCGCAUGCAUACGCUGGAGACUGCGGAACUGCGCAAGAAGAACAACAUUCUGCUGGAGACGGUCGAGAAGCUCGAGCGGGGCAUUAAGCCGACGAUGGCGGACAACCAAGCCAGCGAGUUCCCCGGCUUUGACAAUAUGGGAAUGAACACUCACCCGUGGGACGAGUUCGGCAUGGCGAACGACAUGCCUAUGCACGAUUCGGUAUCGGGCACUCAUGCCGCUGUCGUCCACUCUCAGUCACAAGCUCCGAUGACUCAAGUCGCCGAACGUGCCCCCGAGAAAUCCAUCCAGGCCACCUCCGACAGCCCCUUCAGCUGGAACACGUUCUAUAUGUGUCUACUCUUCGGCGCCUUCAUCGCUUCCAACAGCAACGCCAUUCCGGGUCGUUCCUUACCCCAGCUCUCCGAGGAGUACCGCGCCGAGUCUGCCAACGUGCUUAAAGCCGUCCUGGCCUCGUCUCCGCCCGAUUUGGCACACUCCGCCAACACUGUCGCCGGCGCCUCUGGCCUCGCUGGCCUCGACAUGGGAGCCCGGCUCGGCUCGGUCCCGGCGCCACCCCGGCCCUCGACUCUGGAUGAGCUGCAUGACACGCUCGUCAUGCCGACCGAAGACCAGGAGCGCGCGCAAAUGUUUUCCCUUAAUGCUGAGCAGUACAAUUCUCUGACUACAUUCGAAGACGAUAGCGCCGCCUUCAAACCCCAGCAGCCAUCGAAUCUGCAGCAGGCCCUAGCCGCGAUGCGCAGCACCGCCCACCAUCGUCUGCACCAGGCCACUGGCUCCGAUGUCUACUCCCGCUCCUUGAUGUGGGAGCGUGUGCCGGAAAAGGUCAUUCGUGACUUCCGCCGCAUGGUGCAAGAAUACGGCGCCCACCCGGUGAAGGAGGAGAUAGGUGCGUUUGCUGUUGCAUGA